AUGGAUAGAUCUCGUCGCCCUGCCAGGGACGGCGUCGUGCAGCUGAAGCGGGGCCUGCAGUACAAGGUCCUACGCCCUGGUGCCGGGUCGAUCCGUCCUGGCAGCGAGGACAUCUGCACGGUGCACUACCGCGGCUCCACCAUCGAUUGCGAGAUCCAGUCGGGUCCAGAGCCGUGCCGGGGAGGCUUCGUCUUCGACGACAGUUGGGAGAAGGGCAGGAACGUGACCUUCACCCCGAAGUCCGCAGGCAGCUUCUGGGCGCUGGCGCUGCCGCUCAUGGUGCGCGGCGCCCUCUGGGAGCUCUACGUGCCGCAGGUGCUCGGCUUCGCCGGCAACGACAACCCCGACCGGCGCCCGAGGGGCGUGGGGCCGAACGCGACCCUCAUCUUCAAGGUGGAGCUGCUGGCAAUCAAGGGGAAGGACGACGCGCCCCUCGGCGAGGGGCGGGACCCGGAGGCCGGGCCCGGGGUGGAGUUGUGA